AUGAUGUCCCAAUCUCUCAGAGCCUCUCGCUCGCUGCUCACCCGAGCCAGCCGCCAGUCCGUCGGCGUCUCCUACCGCACCUUCCUGACCACUGCUACGCGCCAGGCCGACCCCGUCCAGGACCUUUACCUCCGAGAGCUCCGUGCCUACAAGCCCAAGCCCACCAAGGCUGGUGACGCUGAGGCCCACGUCCAAAAGUUCAGCGCUCCCAAGCCCCCGCCAUCCCCCGAAGAGGCCAGCAUCGCCGAUGAAUUGAAGGCCUACGAGUCCCAGCAAGUCGAGGUUGAAGGCCAGGCCGUCGCUGGCGAAGCUGCUCCCAAGGAAGAGAGCUGGUUCGAGGAGGACGAGGAAGACGCCCCGACUGCUUCUCACUAA